CAGUCGGACCGUUUUGCUGCAGUAAACGGUAGUCGUUGGAGACGGCAAAAAAAGGCGAGAAAACACAACAGAAAAGAAAGAAACCCGAUAAAGAAGCGUGAGCCGGACCUUAACGUGAGCAUCAUCAGUGUGUAGAGAUCCAGCACGCAGCAAACGCGAGCUUCACGGGCACAGCAUCUGGGUUGGCUUUCAGUGAGCAUUGCAUCUUCAGGGUUUACAAGUUUGCAGCAUAACAGACAGACGGAUGAGAGAAGUUUUGCAAGUGAAUAUGGCAUUUUCGUCAUUCCCACUAUCUACACUGAUUACCCUGCUGCUUCUUGUGGCAUCUAUUCAGAGCAACUCCAUGUAUGAUGAUGAUGAAGAUCCUUUCCAGCCAGUGACUUCAGAUGAGACAGUGGCUGAGGGAGGUACGGUGACUCUGACAUGUCGUGUGCCUGAGACAGAUAAUUCAUCCCUCCAGUGGUCCAACACUGCACAGCAGACACUCUACUUUGGAGCUAAAAGAGCUUUAAGAGAUAAUCGUAUCCAGCUACAUAAGUCCACACCCACAGAGCUGUCAAUCACCAUCUCCAACGUGCAGCUGUCAGAUGAUGGAGAAUAUACCUGCUCCAUUUUCACCAUGCCUGUUCGGAUUGCACGGGCCACUGUCACUGUACUUGGCGUACCUGGGAAGCCAGUAAUAACAGGUUUUGAGGAUCCAGUGCAGGAAGGAGGGGCUGUGACACUUACCUGCACCAGCACGGGUAGCAAACCUCCUGCUCUACUGUACUGGUAUAAAGGACAGGAAAAGCUGGAGGCUCGUCCCAAUGUGGUGGAGUCAAACCCCAAUGAGCCAACAUACACGGUGACAAGUGUGCUCACGCUGCGGGUGACCAGGAACGAUAACAAUGCCAUGAUUGGCUGUGCUGUGGACCAUCCAUCCAUCACCAAUGGCGAGAAAAGAACAGAGAAGCCUUUGAGCGUGCUGUUCUCCCCAAGUGUCUUGAUUAAGCCUGAGAGUGACCUGCCUCGCGAGGGAGAAAGGUUUUCUCUGCAUUGUGUGGGGAUUGGAAACCCUGAGCCUUUGUCAUUUAUGUGGCAAAAGAAAGAUGCAGAAUUCCCCCCACAGGUGAGGCCUGAUGGUGCAUACCUCCGCUUUGAGGCCCUCAACAAAUCCGAUAAUGGAGUUUACUUGUGUCAUGCAGACAAUGGAAUUGGCUGGAAUGAGGGAUCCUACAUUCUGCUGGUACAAGACCCCACAGCAAUGUCCACUUCAUCAGGUGUUGAUCAUGCUGUGAUUGGUGGAGUGGUGGCUGUCAUUGUCUUCAUCAUGCUGUGCCUCCUCAUUGUCCUUGGCAGAUACCUCAUUAGACACAAAGGUACAUAUCUGACCCACGAAGCAAAGGGCUCAGAUGAUGCCCAGGAUGCUGACACAGCCAUCAUUAAUGCAGAAGGUGGCCACUCUGGCAUUGAGGACAAGAAAGAAUACUUCAUCUAAGCAUCCCUCCUUCACGCAUCUUUUCUUUCUUCCCUUGCUUCAGUUCCUUUCAGUCGGAGGAAAUUUAAAAUGACGAGUAAAAGAGUGAACAAAAAUCAAAAAUGUGAAACUGAAGAAAGCAGAAAAAUGAUCAGUUUCAGGCUGUUGAAACCAGGGAGUUUGCACUGACAUCAGUAUUCAACUGUAUACACACAAACACACACAUGUGAACCCACACACACUCACACACACACACACACACAAAUAUAUGAUCUCAGAUUUAUGCCUGUCCACAGACACUUCAUAUGCCUCCUAGUUUAUAUUGAACAAAGGCAAUAUGAUGACUAGAACAUAUAACUCAAAGCAGAUACAUGUACAAUUUAACACAUACACAUUUUUAACUUUCUAUAGAUUCAGUUUUAUUUCCCACAUCCACACAUAUGACAUGCACACACAUAUACACACACAAACACACACACAUACACAAACUCAAUGCAAUCAUGCAAAACAGCUUCUGUGCUGUUACUGUAUGGAACCCCAGAAUAAAUGUAUAGAUAUAUAUAGAUGAUUAUAUAGCAUUGUUUUUACUUGGGAGAACAGGUUCUGUGUGGUGUAUAUAUACUCAUGCUCUCUCUUUCCCUCACUCUUUUACCUCUUUUCCCUUUCUCUCCAUCACUCUUUCUAACCUAUAUAUGUUUUUCUUAUUCUCUCUCUGUCUGCAUUUCAUUGUCUUAUAUUAUAUAAUAUAGUCUAAAAGCCUGCCUGGUUUUCUUACAUGUGUGAAAAUGCAAGUUAAAAAAAUCAAUAUAUGGGGAACAAAAAAGUUACCAUGAAACUGUCAGUACUACAAAUAUUGGUAUGAUUUUUGUUUACCUCCCAUUGAGUUUCUGGUGUAACUGUUGGUGGCAAUAUUCAGUGUCAGCUGUCAUCCCAGGACUUAUUAUUAUUAUUAUUAUUAUUAUUAUUAUUAUUAUUAUUAUUAUUAUUAUUAUUAUUAUUAUUAAUCAGUGAAAUAAAGACCCUUUUCUUGUUAGCCCAGUACUUGCAUCCCAUAAAUAUCUGUGAAUUCCUGUCCUUUGAUGACAGGUGAAUGAGCUAAAGCAGGGUACUGCAUGUGCAAACAAGCAAACAAAACAAAAGCAAGAUGCUAGACUCUUCUGUCGACUGUACUUUCUCACUUUUUUUUCAACUAUCUUUUUUUUUCUUUUUUUUUUGGCGGUCUCCCUAUACAGUGUUCUAACCUAGUUUUAGUCUGCGUCUUAUUAUUAGUAUUUUGUCUUAUGUCAUACUUUGACAUACAAGAUCUGAUCACUCCAGUAUUAUUUUGCAGCUAGCAUCAUCAAGGCUAGAAAUGUUGAAGUUGAUUGUAUGACAAAUAUCAAGCCGAGAUAUUAACCAAAUUAUGCAUCUCACACAUGGCCAAAGUUCACGUUGUAAGAGAAAGAGACAACAUAAUAUGGGAUUAUCUGAAACUCAGUGCAUUCAUUGGGUUAGGUUCAAAUUUAUUUGUGAAGUGAAUGACUUAUAAUGCCAUAAAGGUCAAAUUAUUCCCACCUUCCUCUAAAUAGAGCUUAUUCUCUGUAGAGCUGAUCCAUCACAAAAAGAGGUUAAAGUUUAUAUAGACUCUACAAGUGUUGUCAGAGUCCAGUGUGAGAAUACAGGACCAUAACUCUUUGGAAAUUUGUAUUUAAUGCUUUUUUAACACAACAGAUCCAACUCUCAGGGCCUUGAUAAUAACUGAUGAGUUGAACAAGGUGUGUUAAAAUUGGAUAAAUUCCUUUAGAAAUGCAAACUGAUACCAUGCCUCCACACCCAACGUUUCCCAAAUUGGUGCUCAGGGACUUUACGUAUUCAGUAUUUUAUGUGGGUUGGUUCAGGUAUGUUGGGAGCUGCAAGAAAGCAAAAAGAAUAAACUGUCUGUGGACCUGGGUUUGGGAAACACUGCUUUAGACUUAUCAUAGAUCAUAUGUUUGCAGUUGCAACCUUUCACCACUAGAUGGUGCAUUAUGUUAGACAUCCACCUUCUCUUCAUCUUUCCUCUUUCUCUCUGGUACAGGUAGCAGUAUUUGCGAUGCACCUUAUGUUAAUGGUGGAUCAUUGCAGAGAUUUAUUUCUAAAUUAUGUUUAUCCAUUUUUCUUUUUGUAGCUCUGUAUACUAUUAAGUGUAAAUCGUUCUGUUUACUUUUUAUUGUAUGACUAGAUGUCAUAGAUGUUAUAGACAUCUAUAUUAAGGUGUAGAAUAGUAUAGUUUCUGUGACUAUUGUUUUAAAAUCAGCCAUUUUGUAUAAUUUUAUGUAAAUAGUGUUGCCUUGAACAGUCUUCUCCUUACUGCAGUUGUUAAGUGCGCACUCACAUACACUGACCCACAUAAAGGGUUUGAGAAUUGUGUGCGUUCACUUUCCUAUGUAAUAUGUUCAUAAGUGUCAUCUCCAACAGGCAAAGAAAACACAACAUGUUGUUUUCCACAAACAUUGUUAAUUUGACUGUCUAUGUUAGCGCUGUUUUGGAAUGAGAAGUCUUCCUUUUCAAUAAAUAUUCAUAUGUCAUGGA